AUGGCAGCCAUCAUCAUCGUCAUAAUAGCUUUACAAGUAUUCAUCAUCAUCACUCAAGCCACCGUCCACGGCGGCGACGGCGAGCUUUUCACGGCGAAUCUAAUCCACCGCGACUACUCUUCUCUCUCUCCCUACUACAACCCAUCCGCAACUCACGAGGAUCGCAUUUUCGCCGCCCUAAAUCGCUCAAUCGCUCAAUCGCUCGACAAACCCAUUUCAAUCGCUCCAUCAAUUCUACAACAGGCCAGAAUUUAUACGAUUCGAUUUGGGUAUAUCCAUAAAUGCCAAUUCGGAACGUUCUACGGCGGCGGCGGUUUUUCCACCGGAGAUCUCGUCACUGAUACUUUUUCAAUCGGCUCCGGCGAUAUACCCGGGAUUAAUUUCGGAUGUGGGCAUGAUAAUGGCGGCCCUUUUUGGUCGACGGCAUCUGGAAUACUUGGAUUAGGUGCUAAUUCACUUUCUCUUGUCAAACAGUUGCAGAAUCUAACUAAUGGAAGAUUCGCUCAUUGCUUUGCCAAACAUCAUCAUCGGACGACCACGGCGACGGAGACAACCAACAUGGGUAAGAUCAAAUUUGGAGAGAAUUCAUUCUCCGACGACAAACCAGGCGUCGUCUCGACCCCUUUCUCGGUCGGAACUAACUAUCACUACACCCUCACCUUAGAAGACGUGACGGUCGGUAAUUCGUCAAAAUCAAUCCAACCGCGUAGUUCCGGCGCCGGCGAGGGAGCUAAUAUUAUAAUCGAUUCCGGCGCGACUUAUACCCAUUUGCCGAAUGGAAUUUACGAGAAAUUAGAACGAGAUAUAAUAAAGAAUGCAAGGAAUUUGAAACGGAUUGAUGAUCCAUCUCAGGGGGGAUUCAAUUUAUGUUUCAAAAACAAUUUCAGCUAUAAAAAGUUUUCUCCGAUCACUUUUCAUUUUUCCGGCGGCGGCGAUGUGGUGGUGCGGCCUAAAAGAUUCUUUGUUAAGGUUCAUGAUUUGAUUUGCCUUAACAUAUUUCCGGUAUACGAAGGAGGGAUCGCUAUUUUUGGGAAUUCAUUACAAAUUUACACAACAUCAUUUUGA